AUGACUACUGCUCCAGUUUUGGCCCUCCCAAAUUUUUCCUUACCAUUUGAACUAGAGACUGAUGCUUGCUCUAGAGGAGUUGAUGCUGUUUUGAUGCAGUUAGGUAUGUGGGGUACUUAUACUAGAGCUAAAACACAUUUGUAUUGGACAAAGAUGAAACAAGAUAUCAUCCAUUUUGUUGCCACUUGUGAUAUAUGCCAAUGCAACAAAAAUGAGCAUUCUGCCCCAGCUGGUCUUCUACAACCACUGCCUAUUCCUAACAGUGCUUGGCAGCACAUCUCCAUGGACUUCAUUGAAGGAUUACCACUCUCCAACAAGAAAUAUGUGAUACUAGUGGUGGUAGACAGACUCACCAAGUAUAGUCAUUUCAUUGCUCUCAGUCACCCAUUCACUGCCUUAUCUGUGGCUAAAGAAUUUCUUCAUCACAUUUUCAAGCUCCAUGGAUUACCAUCCUCUAUUCGUAAAAAUGUCACCAUUCAAGCUUUGUAUGGAUACACACCACCUCAUUUGGUUUUUCCAGUUCAUACUACUACCUCUGUAGCUUCUGUUCAAGAAUACCUUCAAGAAAGAGACCACAUGUUGCAGCUACUAAAAGAAGACUUAGCCAAGGCUCAAGAUAGGAUGAAAUACUUUGCUGAUAAACAUAGGAGUGACAGGUCAUUUGAUGUGGGUGACAUGGUUUUUCUAAAGCUUCAGCCUUAUAGGCAUAGUUCUGUAGCUUUGAGGAAGAACUUCAAACUAUCUUCAAAGUACUAUGGCCCAUUUGAAGUUUUGCAGAAAAUUGGAGUUGUAGCUUAUAAGUUGAAAUUGCCAGUUGGGUCAAGGAUUCACCCAAUCUUUCAUGUGUCUCAGCUGAAGAAAAAGAUUGGUUUGCAUCUUCCUGUUACUUCCUCUCUGCCACUGGUGGAUACCUCAGGCUCCUUCAUUGUCACUCCACUUGAAGUUUUAGCAUCCAGGGUGACAUUACGUGCUGAUGAACAUAUCCCUCAACUUCUCAUUCACUGGUCUAAUUCUACACCAGAAGAAGCAACAUGGGAAGACACUUCUCACAUUCAAGCUCAAUUUCCUAACUUUAUCCUUGAGGACAAGGAUGCUUAA